AUGUCUUCGUCACGAGAGUGUUACUAUGCUAUCUUGGGGGUGCCCUCCUCGGCCACCCCCGAAGAAAUCAAAAAGGCUUAUCGCCGAACAGCCAUAGAAAGGCAUCCCGAUAAAAACCCAAACGACCCUCAAGCUACCUACAACUUUCAGUUGCUCCAGGAGGCCUACGAGUGCCUUAGUGACCCACAGGAACGGGCUUGGUACGAUUCACACAGAGAUGUCAUACUGGGUUCUGGGGACGCAGCAGCCCAGGGAGCUGCUGCUGCUUCUGCUGCUGCUGGGGGCUUCGGCACAAACCUCUUUGGAUUUUUUAGAGCAACUUGCUUCAACGGCUUUGGAGACGAUGACGGCGGCUUCUUUCAGGUGUACAGACAGCUGUUUGUGGACAUAGGAGAAGCAGAGAAGCAAUUCUGCAACCGAAAGGGAAUGGAAAGCCCAGAAGAGUAUCCCUCGUUCGGCGCAGCUGCCUCAGGAUGGGAGGAGGUGGGCGCAUUCUACACUUACUGGUCUUCCUUUUCCUCUGUUAGAGACUUUGCAGAAGCAGACCAGUGGUCACCCAGAGAUAUGGCAGAGGCGAGCCGGCCCGAACGCCGUUUGAUGGAGCGUGAGAACGCCAAAAGGCGGAAAGAUGCAAAAAAGGAAUUUAAUGAUACUGUUAGGCGACUGGCGCAGCACAUAAAGAAAAAAGAUCCUCGGGCCAUAGCUAGACAAGCGGCGCUCGCACAGCAACGUCUUGAUGAGCAGCGGGCCAAGGAGGAACAGCAGAAGCGGCUACAGGAGCAGCAGCAGCUGUUGCGGCAACAGAGGCAGCAGCAGCAGCAGGAGUACUACGAGGCCCUCAAAGCAGAGCGUCGCGCUCUGCGGGAACAAGGCCACGCCUUUGCUGACAGCAGCAGCGACAUGAGCAGCAGUGCCUCCUCUGAAGCAGAGACAGAGACAGCCCCCAAGAAGCAGCAGCUGCAGCAGCAGCAAGAAGGAAGGAAAAAGACAGAAGACGAGGCAUUCGAGGCAUGGUAUGCGAGUUGCAGCUCGGGGCCCAGUGAUGGCUCCAUUCGCCUCGGAUCUUUGGGGACGACUGGCUUUGCAGCGGCGGCAGCAGCUACUGCUGCUGCUGCAACGGAGGGUUCCUCGGAGCAGCAGGAACGGAAGGGCAGCAGCAACAAAGUGAAAGUGAUAUAUGUCUGCGAAGUUUGUGAGAAAGACUUCCGGAGUGCCCAGCAGUAUGAAGCCCACGCGAGGUCCUUAAAGCACAAGAAGAACCUCAAACGGCUGGCGGAGCAGCUAGAAGCGGAUUUCGAGGGACUUGAUAUAGAAGGGGCGCUGUCUCCCCGCGUGGAACAAGAACAACAGCAGGAAGCAAUACAGCAUCAACAAGGCGGAGGAGGAGGCCUGGCAGCAGCCGAAUGCUGCGAAGAACAAGCGCAGCAGCAAGAGCAGCAGCAAGCCUCCGAGGGAGCAGCCCACACAGACGCAGAGAGCAGUCAAAGCAACAAAAGCAGAGGCAGCUCAGAAAAAAGCACAAAAAGGAGGAGUAAAAGCAGCGAUGAAAGCUCCUCAGUUGACCAAAGCAGCAGCAGCAGUAGCAGCAGCAGCAGCGAAGAUGACGCGGAUGAGGUGCUGCUCAGGCUUGCGGGGUCGCGGAAGUCGCAAAGGGGCCAACGCCGUGACAGCACCAGCAGCAGCAGCAGUAGUACUGGUGGCAGCGCAACAGGCGACCAAGAAGAAGACGAAAACCCAGAUGCUGCAGCUGCUUGCUCAGCUGCAAGCAAUUCAGGCAAUAACCAAAGCGAUGCCGAGACGCCGAGGGGGGCACGCAGGCGCCGUGGACGCCAGCAGGCGCAGCCAGACGCAGCAAGCAGCUGCAGCCGCUCUAAAAGUGGGCGGCAGAGGCGGGAACUGGAUCGCUCCACGGAAGACCCUGGAGCUGUACCAGCUGCUGCAGUGCCAGUACGCGCGACAGCAAGUAGUAAGGGGAAGAGCGCAGCAACAACAAAGGAUACAACGUGCGCUGUUUGUGGCGCCGUGUUUCCCACACGCAAUUCACUGUUCAGCCACAUCAAAGAAAAGGGGCACGCCGCUCUCAAACCUGUCGCUGUGGGCAAAGGACGCAAAAAAUAA